CUCAAUGGAUAUCAAGAGACCCACGCGUCCCACAUAACCACAGCUAACGGACUGUUCGCGCUAACCUUCAACUAUCAUUUCGUCAUUCGCAAUUUCUCUCCUUCCACGAGCAGUAAUUCUAUGACUAUCACGAUGCACGGCUGGGGUCGCUUCUGCUGUUGGUGUGUGCUCGUCGUUAUCAACGCUGAUCUACUUUUCCGCGAAGAUCGUACGAAUAUCAUGAUAUUGGUUGGGUUCAGUGCGUGUAUUUGGGUUCGGCUAGAUGUAGAUCUCGAAUCCGCGGUUGUGUAA